AUGCCCCCAUAUCGCUUAGUUUUUGGGAAAGCUUGCCAUCUUCCAGUAGAGCUAGAGCACAAGGCAUACUGGGCAAUGAAGAAGUUAAAUUUGGAUUGGACUGCUACUAGUGAAAAUAGAAUUUUACAAUUGAAUGAACUUGAUGAAUUUCGUAAUGAGGCAUACGAAAAUGCAAAAAUCUAUAAGGAGCGUACGAAAGCUUGGCACGACAAGAAUCUAAUCAGAAGAGAAUUUCAACCUGGACAACAAGUACUCCUUUAUAAUUCACGGUUGAGGCUAUUUCCGAGCAAACUAAAAUCCAGAUGGUCGGGUCCGUUUACUGUUGUGAAGGUGUUUCCAUAUGGCUCGGUUUAA